AUGUCAACUUAUGAAGAGGAGCAUAAUAUAUCUCCCUCUCAAAAUCCUGAAAGAGGUAGAAAUCAUCAAACAUUAAGUAGAAUAAUAGACUCAUUCAUACAUCAAACUCCAAAUUCUAACAAUCAAAGUCAAAACCAUUCCCAUCUAAUUGAUUCAAAUAAUAUAGCAUCAACAACAUCAAUAGAAUCAUUAACAGCAGCAUUAAAUCAAUUACGUACCCUUGAACAUUCAGAUAUUGCAAAUUCUUUAAUUAAUAUUUUAGAAAAUGAACCAAAACAUGAAGGUGUUAAUUCAGAAUUUUUAGAUACAUUAGAACGUAUUCCAAUCAAUCAAUUAUCAAAUGAAGAAUUUUGUCCAAUAUGUACUAAUAAAUUUAAAGAUGAUAAAUAUCCUUUAGUUGUAAAAUUACCAUGUGGACAAAAAAGAAAACAUUAUUUUGAUUUAGAAUGUAUAUCUCCUUGGUUAGUUCAAAAUAGUACUUGUCCAAUGUGUAGGACAAAUGUAUUAGAAUUUGAAAAAAAUAGAAGAAAACUUAUUGAUGAAGAGAUUAAAAAAGCUAAAGAAGAAGAUUCUGAAGAAGAAUUAGAAGAAGAAGGAUGGGAUAUUUAUGGAUAG